AUGGAAAUUGGUUUGUUGUUACUUAAGCUGGUUUUGGUUUCGGGGCUAGCCAGCGCCUUUGAUAUUACCCAGCUCCCAUUCUCAGAACUGAAAUUAGACGACAAGCUCCUCGGCAUUAAUGAAUACAAGAGUCAACUAGAUACUCCUCCCUCCUUCAUCUCGAGUAAUUGGUUCUUCCUUAUGAAAAAGGGCGAAAAUGAUGCAGCCAAAAUUGGUAACGGGUGCCCUGACGAUUCAACACUUUGUGGUAUAAUAACCGCUUCCAAGGAUUCAAAAUCGAGUCCUGACUUAACUAAACCUAUCCAGUUGUUUAGUCUAUCUACAGAGAACGUUGUAUAUUCUUCCGAUGUGCAAAGUUCCAUCAUAGCUAAUUGGAAGGAUGUUCCAUAUGGCGAAAGAAAUAUUAAUGUUACCCUAAGCUUUGGUUGUUCAGAUUCUGAGGAAAAUCAGAUUAGCCUUGAAUCUAAUUCAAUUUUCAUUGAAGGAGACUUGAGUUUUACUUGGAAAAACAAGGCAUUCUGUAGAAAGAAUGACAAAGAUAACGGCGGAAGUGGCGAUGACAAAGAUUCAAAAGAAGAUGCAGGUCUGGGUUUUUUUGGCUCAAUGAUUAUUUUUGUUGCCGUCAUAUUUGCAGCUUACAUUAUUGCGCAGGCCUGGUUUAACACCAGCACAAUUGGAUCGUCAAGUGACUUUUUCAAUGAACUUACAGAUUCGUUCUUAGAGAGUGCCGCAUCCAUACCCCGUCUUAUUGGUGAGGUAAUUGGGAAAAUCACAGGACGGAACACAUCGGUUAGGGGCGGUUAUAGUGCUGUAUAG